AUGGCGAGUUUUGCGAGUGUCCGAGGCGCGGCGUUCGCACAACAAGCAGUUGGACCAAACCAGCGGCUAUUGGACAAGUUCGCUGGACACUCCGUGGACCACCAUCCGCACAGCUGCACUUGCGGAUGCCAAGACGGUGGUGGUGAGGUGGAAGAACCAGGGCUGGAGGCGAGUGUGAGGACGUGGGGGCCUCCCUUUGUCACCAAGGGCGACAAGCUCGUGUUCAAGUGGAACGACUGGAGGCGCAAGCACAACGUGGUGUCCAUAGACAACUUAUGUCCUCAAAGUUUAUGUCCUCACCAAGCCCUCGAAAAAGGGCAGGCUCGUGCUGCCAGUGGUUCCCGGUGA